CGUUCCCCGUAGUCGCAGGCUUCACACGCGCGCAGUAGCUUGACAACAGCAGCAGCAGCAGCAGCAGCAGCAGGAGGGAAUGGGGAGAGAGGGGCACCGCACCGUUUAACAAGACACUCUUCAACACAACACGACCAAUAAAACAAUUCACCAUCGAGUAUUGAAAGAAUACUGUCUCAGGCCCCCUCCCCCAUCUGCAGCUUUAAGAGCAACUCUAGGGGAAAAAAGAAUGAGCUGAUUUGAAGAGCUCUGAUAAUGAUGCCCAAAAUAAGUGCGGCCUGGUCACACAGCAAAGUGGGAAACGUACACGCUUGAGCAUUAGAAGGCCAUGAUGCAAUGAGAUAAACACUGGAUGACUGGAGGUCCCCUGCUUAACAGUCUCUAAGCAUGGCUGGCCUACAGCUGGUGACCCCUGCCUCCUCACCCAUGGGGCCCUUCUUCGGUCUCCCGUGGCAACAGGAAGCUAUCCAUGACAACAUAUACACACCAAGGAAAUAUCAGGUUGAACUUCUUGAAGCAGCUCUUGAACACAAUACUAUAGUCUGCUUAAAUACUGGCUCAGGGAAGACCUUUAUCGCAGUACUCCUAAUCAAAGAACUCUCCCACCAAAUCCGUGGAGAGAAUGGGAAGAGAACAGUUUUCCUGGUGAAUGCAGCAUCAUCUGUGGUUCAGCAAGCAUCUACUGUAAGAACCCACUCUGAUCUCCAAGUAGGCGACUACAUGUCAGAAGACAUGACGUCAUGGCCUGAGGAGAUGUGGAACAGAGAGAUGAUAGAGAAUCAGGUUCUGGUCAUGACGUGCCACAUCUUCCUGCAUGUGUUAAAAAAUGGAGUCUUGCCACUAUCAAAAAUCAACCUGCUGGUUUUUGACGAAUGCCACCUUGCAAUCACAGACCAUCCUUAUCGGGAAAUAAUGAAGAUUUGUGAGGGUUGCCCAGGUUGUCCUCGCAUUUUGGGUCUGACUGCUUCCAUUUUAAAUGGCAAAUGUGACCCUUGUGAACUGGAGGAGAAGAUUCAAAACCUAGAGAAGAUUCUGCAGAGUAAUGCAGAAACUGCCACUGAUCUUGUGGUGCUUGAUAGGUAUGCGUCCCAGCGUGAGGUUGUGCUGGACUGUGGGCUGUAUCAGGAUCAGAGUGGGCUCUCUGAGAGGCUUUUAAGUGAGCUGGACGAAGCCCUUAAUUUUCUUAAUGACUGCAACUUAUCUGGUCAUAGAGAAGAAAGAGAUCCCACAUUCAUCUCCAAACAGGUGCUGAAUGACUGUCGUGCCGUGUUAACUGUGCUGGGUCCUUGGUGCGCUGAUAAAGCUGCGGGAAUCAUGGUCCGAGAACUGCAGAAAUAUAUCAAACAUGAGCAGGAAGAGAUGAACCGCAAGUUCCUGUUCUUCACAGACACCAUUCUGAGAAAAAUCCACGCCUUAUGUGAGGAGCAUUUCUCUCCAGCGUCCCUAGACUUGAAGUUUGUCACUCCCAAGGUCAUCAAACUUCUGGAGAUUCUCCACGAGUACAAGCCUUUCGAACGCCAGCAGUUUGAGAGUGUGGAGUGGUACAAUAAUCGCAAUCAAGACAAUUAUGUUUCUUGGAGCGAUUCUGAGGACGAAGAUGAGGAUGAAGAGGCGGAGGCGAAGGAAAAGCCUGAAGCUAAUUUUCCGUCGCCUUUCACCAACAUCCUCUGUGGAAUAAUCUUUGUGGAAAGGCGAUAUACAGCAGUUGUUUUAAACAGGCUUAUCAAGGAGGCAGGAAAGCAGGAUCCAGAGCUGGCCUACAUCAGUAGCAACUUCAUCACAGGUCACAGCAUCGGCAAGAACCAGCCUCGCAACAAACAAAUGGAGGUGGAGUUCAGAAAGCAAGAGGAGGUCCUGAGGAAGUUCAGAGCCCAUGAAACCAACUUGCUUAUUGCAACCAGCAUUGUGGAAGAAGGCGUUGAUAUUCCAAAGUGCAAUUUGGUCGUUCGGUUUGAUCUGCCGACAGAGUACCGGUCAUACGUGCAAUCCAAAGGUCGUGCCCGGGCUCCAGUCUCCAAUUACAUCAUGCUAGCUGACAGUGAACGAACAAAAACAUUUGAAGAAGACCUCAAGACCUACAAGGCCAUAGAGAAGAUCCUCCGAAAUAAGUGCUCGAAGUCAGCAGAAUGCAGUGAGUUUGAACUGGAGCCGGUGACCGAUGAUGACAACGUUCUACCACCUUACGUCCUGCGCUCAGAGGAUGGCGGCCCGCGUGUCACGAUCAACACAGCCAUUGGACACGUCAACAGAUAUUGUGCGCGUUUGCCCAGUGAUCCAUUCACUCAUCUUGCUCCGAAGUGUAAAACUGUGGAGCUGAAGACUGGAGGUUAUCAAUCCACUCUCUUCCUUCCCAUUAACUCACCACUCAGAGUUCCUGUGACAGGGCCAACAAUGAAUUGUGCAAGACUUGCAGAGAAAGCUGUUGCUCUUCUUUGUUGUGAAAAGCUGCACAAAAUUGGUGAACUGGAUGAUCAUUUGAUGCCAGUGGGAAAGGAAACUGUGAAGUAUGAGGAGGAGCUGGACCUGCAUGAUGAGGAGGAGACGAAUGUGCCAGGAAGACCAGGCUCCACCAAACGGAGACAGUGUUACCCAAAAGCCAUACCAGAGUGUCUGCGGGGCUGUUACCCUGUGCCAGAGCAGCCUUGCUACCUUUACGUCAUAGGGAUGGUCCUUACCACCCCUCUUCCCGAUGAGCUCAACUUCCGGCGGAGGAAGCUCUACCCACCAGAGGACACUACCCGAUGUUUUGGCAUUCUGACAGCUAAACCAAUACCUCGGAUCCCUCACUUCCCUGUGUAUACACGUUCUGGUGAGGUGACCAUUUCAAUUGAGCUGAAGAAGUCGGGCUUCACUCUGAGCGCGGAACAGCUGGAGCUGAUCACACGUCUGCACCAGUACAUCUUUUCUCACAUCCUCCGUCUGGAAAAGCCAGCACUGGAGUUUAAGCCCGUAGAGGCAGAUUCUGCCUACUGCGUUCUACCUCUCAACAUUGUUGAGGAUUCCAAUACAUUGGACCUGGAUUUCAAGUUCAUGGAAGAUAUUGAAAAGUCUGAAGCACGCAUCGGCAUUCCAAAUACUCAGUACACCAAGCAAAACCCAUUCAUUUUCAAAUUGGAGGACUACCAGGAUGCUGUCAUCAUUCCAAGGUAUCGUAAUUUUGACCAGCCACAUCGGUUCUACGUGGCUGACGUUUACACAGACCUCACCCCGCUCAGUAAAUUCCCCUCUCCAGAGUACGAGACUUUCGCUGAGUACUACAAAACCAAGUACAACCUGGACCUGUCUAAUGUUAACCAGCCCCUACUGGAUGUGGACCACACAUCUUCAAGAUUGAAUCUUUUAACUCCCCGGCACCUUAAUCAAAAGGGGAAAGCUCUUCCUCUCAGCAGUGCGGAGAAGAGAAAGGCCAAGUGGGAAAGCCUACAAAACAAACAGAUUUUAGUUCCAGAGCUCUGUGCCAUUCACCCCAUCCCAGCCUCUUUGUGGAGGAAAGCCGUCUGCCUUCCCAGCAUUCUCUACAGACUUCACUGCCUUCUGACCGCCGAAGAGCUGCGGUCUCAGACAGCCAUUGACGCUGGUGUAGGGGCUCAAUCCCUGCCUCCUGAUUUCAGGUAUCCAAAUUUGGAUUUCGGAUGGAAGAAAUCCAUCGACAGCAAGUCUUUCAUUUCCUGCCCUAGUGCAUGUAUGGAAGACGACGAUCACUGUAAACAUGGCACAAGCUCCGAUUCAGACCACACUGCCCUGGAGGGCUGCAGCACGGAGGCCUCCCAGCCUCCAGAGGGCGCUCUCCCCUGUGAGAACUGCAACACACCAGAUGAAAAGCUAGAAACCCACAUGCUCCCUGUGACUGAUCUGCAGACACCGAACAAAGACAAGAGCGACUGCGUUUGUUCCCGAAACCUUCCUAACGGCACUCGGGGCGAAAGCGACGACCUUCCACAUAGACAUGACAUUUGCCAAUGCUCUCAGCUGGGCCCUCUGGAGAGUGACCUAUCAACACAAACCACUACCUCAGUUCCUGUGCGGCCCUCUCCAGCCGGCGAGCCACAGCCCCAGCCCAGCGAUGAAUGUAUCCCAGGCAGGAACUCAGAUCUCUGCGACGGACAUGUGAAAAAACCUACCUCAAACUGUUGCCCCAAACCAGAGCUGGCAACCAGCACCACAGCACCUUCAGAAGUGUCAUCAGAGGUCUCUGACGUGACACCAGGUCCAGCCUGGGAUUCUCCCAAAACCUUGGGCCCCAACCCCGGCCUCAUCUUGCAGGCCCUGACCCUCUCUAACGCCAGUGACGGCUUCAAUCUGGAGAGGUUGGAGAUGUUGGGCGACUCUUUCCUGAAACACGCCAUCACCACCUACCUGUUCUGUACUUACCCUGAUGCCCACGAGGGCAGGCUGUCUUACAUGAGAAGCAAGAAGGUCAGCAACUGUAACCUUUAUCGCCUGGGGAAGAAAAAGGGCCUUCCCAGUCGUAUGGUGGUAUCCAUAUUUGAUCCCCCAGUAAACUGGCUUCCCCCGGGCUACGUCGUGAAUCAGGACAAAAGCAGCACAGACAAGUGGGACUCAGAUGAGAAUAAAGAUUUGGCCAACGGAAAAGCCAGUGAUGAUGACGACGACGACGACGACGAGGCAGAGGAUGUGGAGGUCGAGCCGUCUAAAGAAGAGGUCAAUGUGGAGGAUGAGCUGGAGUACUACUAUGAGCACAUCAGAUUCAUCGACAACAUGUUGAUUGGUUCCGGCGCCUUCGGGAAGAAGAUCUCCCUCCAGCCGGCCGAGCCCGGCUACGAAUGGAAAGCUCCCAAAAAAGCCCACAACUCCCAGUUUUCCCCAGACGGCGGCGCUGACGAGUUCGAUUACAGUUCUUGGGACGCCAUGUGCUACCUGGACCCUAGCAAAGCUGGCGAAGAGGAUGACUUCGUGGUGGGCUUCUGGAACCCUUCCGAAGAAAACUGUGGCACGGAUAUUGGGAAGCAGUCCAUCUCCUACGACCUCCACACCGAGCAGUGCAUCGCCGAUAAGAGCAUAGCCGACUGUGUAGAGGCCCUGCUGGGGUGCUACCUCACCAGCUGUGGGGAGAGGGCGGCCCAGCUGUUCCUGUGCUCCCUCGGCCUGAAGGUGCUCCCGGCGGAGAAGCAGAGCUCAGGGGGGUCGGCCGAGCUGCAGUACGGCUGGCUGAAGAUCCCCCCGCGCUGCAUGUUCGACCACCCGGAUGCCGAGCGCACCCUCAACCACCUCAUCUCUGGCUUCGAGAACUUCGAGAGGAAGAUAAACUACACAUUUAAAAACAAGGCAUAUCUUCUGCAGGCUUUCACUCACGCUUCGUAUCAUUACAACACCAUCACAGAUUGUUAUCAGCGGUUGGAGUUCCUUGGUGAUGCAAUUUUAGACUACCUCAUAACAAAGCACCUUUAUGAAGAUCCCCGGCAGCACUCCCCAGGCGUGCUGACCGACCUGCGCUCUGCACUUGUCAACAACACCAUAUUUGCUUCCCUGGCUGUCAAGUACGAUUACCACAAGUACUUCAAAGCCGUCUCGCCCGAACUGUUCCACGUGAUCGAUGAUUUUGUGCAAUUUCAGCUGGAGAAGAAUGAAAUGCAAGGAAUGGAUUCGGAGCUUCGCCGAUCGGAGGAAGACGAGGAGAAGGAGGAAGACAUUGAGGUCCCCAAAGCAAUGGGAGACAUCUUUGAAUCGCUAGCUGGUGCAAUUUACAUGGAUAGCGGGAUGUCACUUGAGACAGUUUGGCAAGUGUAUUAUCCAAUGAUGAGGCCGCUCAUAGAAAAAUUCUCCGCUAAUGUCCCUCGAUCCCCAGUGCGUGAACUCCUGGAGAUGGAACCGGAGACGGCUAAGUUCAGCCCUGCGGAGAGAACCUACGAUGGAAAAGUACGGGUGACGGUGGAAGUGGUGGGCAAAGGCAAGUUCAAAGGCGUGGGACGCAGCUACCGUAUAGCCAAGUCAGCGGCCGCCCGCCGAGCCCUCCGCAGUCUCAAAGCCAAUCAACCUCAGGUCCUAAACAACUGAGCUUCAGACAGGAGACACCCCAACGCACCAGUCAAAAACACAGCAGAAGCCCUUCGGCCAAGAAUCGUGACCGACAGCGUUCUCUCACUGGGGUCGUCAAACUCGAAUGAAUCGAGGCAAAAGAUUUCAGCGUAAUUCACAUAGGGUUCACAUUUCAUUUUAUUCUUUACGCGCGCAAACACAAUCUUUUUUUUUUCUCCCCGGCUUUGUUUGAUCACGAGUGCUUUUUUAUGUAUCGCAAGUGUUAAGAAAAAGGUCAGGUCUUCUUCCCCCGCGCUCCCUCCCUUUCCUAUUUUUAUUAACAUUAAAAAAGAUAUAUGCUCUGCUUUGUGGUAGUGGUUUAAAAAAAAAAAGCAAAAAAAAAAAAAGCUAAAGCUUAUAGGUAGUAUUACAGUGUACAUAGUUUAAACUCCAAGGUAUCAACUAAAUAAGAGAAAAGACGGCGACGUAAAAACGCAAAAUUCCUCAAUCUGUGCACUAGUGCCAGUUUUGCUACCGUUUGGCAGGAAGGGCACAUUGAAAGAAAGAUGGUGUUGGUGUGAAGUGUUUUUCUCUAUCUUGAGAUGAUAUAUUCUCAAUCAAAAUUGCACUUCUCUAGGGUCUGCUUUAUGUUGACGAUGAGUGUUGAUGUUUUUUUUUUUGUCAGAUCACAGUAAAAUCAUUUAGCUCUGUAUUGCGUUGAGAGAGAAAUGCCCUCGCAUCCUUAAGACGGAUAGGAAUUCGACAUUCCCGAUUACUGUAAUCAACAGCACUUGAGGAUGCGUGCUUGUGUAGCCAACCGGAUGGGUUGUAUAGACGUCAUAGAGCUACGUUAUAUUAAAAAAAAAAAAAGAUUAAAUGUUUAUUACAACAUAUUCGUUGAUACUUGGGUUUCAGUAAUGUCUUUUGAUACUGAUAUUGAUGAUAUUUAGUUGACAGUCUUUAUGAACAUUAGAUGUCUCCAUAGACUGACUUGACUGACUUAGUUUUGAUAUAACGACACGAACGAUAAACAGGAGGACAUAUCACCUGGGAAAAUAUGCUGCAGAUUUUAUAUUAAAAAAAAAAAAACGGAAAGAGAAAAAUAGGAUCGGAAAAUUCUGUAAGACACAAAGCACCUUUACGCACCGUCUUUAGGACAAAUGGAUAUUUCGCUAAAUGACUUCACGUGCAUCGCUUACCAAAGUCGAUACUGAUGCAGCGUUGUGAGGUUGCACCUGUUAAAUCAAUCCCUCAACAUUCACACGUUUGAAGAUGUGGUAACCCAGCCUUUGUUUUAGUGUAAAUGUGUUGUAGCCUCUUGUCUAGCCUAAAUGUUUUCAUUUUAAUAGGCAUUCUUCACUUGAAUACCUCAGUUAAUUGCAUGCAUUUUUUUUUUUUUUUUUUUUUUUGGUGCUAUGUUUAAGCUUGAAUUUCUCAUCUUUUUGCACUGUAACUGUAUUACCUCUUAAUUUUACCUUUUUGAAAUCUGUUGGGUUGGUUUUCUGUUCCGUCAGCUCGUCAGAAAUCGUUUCCCCAUUUGUUAUUUCUUUUGGUUUUUAUGCUUGAAGGGGAAAUGCUGAGGAAAAAAAAAAAAAAAAGUUCUCCGCACAUAAGCUUGACGCCUGUCUGAUGAGCUGAGAUUUUCCUUGCAUCGUGCAUCCAAUCAGAAGGGUUACUUAACGCUUGAGAAAAUCGAUAGAUUGCACUCUCGAUACAUUCUUAUAAGCCAUGCGUCUCGCCUUUCUUGCAGUCUUACCAACUCAAAUUUAACUUACAAUUUUUUUUUCAGUCUGUAAAAUAAUAGUACAAAACAGCACGUCCUUAUCUAUCAUUGCUACCCCAGAAAUAAGGGUGCAAAUUUUAAGAUGUAAAUUUCGACAUGUUGAAGGCUACCUAACUUCCCCCACCUCCUGGUUUUGUCCAUACUUCAGUUAUUAUGUUACGGACAAACUAUUCCUGAAGUUACAUAAUCCCAGGCAUUGCUACCUCAGAAGACCCUUGCGAAUAGUUUGGCCUUAUCAUAAAACAUUGGUUAAUAUAUUUGCCUUUUUACAAAUCCGAAUGGCAUUGAGGCGAAGCAUUGUAUACGCUCAUCAGCACCUUACAGGGGGAUAAAUUUAUAUUCUCAUGACUAUUUGCACUAGAAUACAUUCCCGCUGACAUUGAAUUAGCAUUUUUCAAAUGGAGUUUGUUCUAAAGUGGUGCCUUUCAACCUUCAUGUGACAUCUAUACUCUCUCAUCCCUUGGCUGUUGUAGCAAUUCUUCACAUUAUGGUCUGUGUGUAGUAAAGGACUUUUGGUGCCAUGCUUCAUACUGGAUAUUGCCUUCUGAUUUUAGUUUUUGUGGCAUGAAAGUUGGACGUUUCCCUAAUUUCACGAACGAUUUUCUAGCCCGAUAUAGACUAGGCUUCGCAAACAUUUGAAGCUCCAACCGAAGUUCGCCCGGUCUUGAAAGUGAGUGCAAUCUGGUUCCGUUUUAGCAAGAGUUGAGUGACCCUCUUUUACAUGAUCUCAGUCGCAACCCCCAGAGCUGAGUAUUGAAAGUCAUUGGAAACGAAUGGGUUUCCAUGUUCCCUCAACCAAUGGCGUGGUGAGUUUGCGUAUCAGGGUCAACGCGCGCCGGCCCUGCGAUAUGACACUGUUUCUGUAACCCGUAACCCUCAGACUAUUGCAAUUUUUGUUUGUUUGUGUGUUUAAUUUUUUUCCCAGCUUAUGUUUUGUUUUGUUUUUUCCUUCACCUUUUGUUUAAGCUUUCUUCUCACUGUUGGUUUUUAACUUUCAGAGAAUGUGAAAUCACACAUAUGGUGCCACCGCAUUGAUAUGGAGUUUUUUGUUUUUUUUCUUUUCUUUUCUUUUCCCAGGCUUUUCUUUUCGCAACCAAUAAUCGAUCGUAAUGCCACAACCGAGUCCCACAGAACAUAUAUCAUUGUUGGAAAAAAAAAAAGGAAAGAAUUAGAGUCUUUCAUCAUCUGUGGGAGUGUUUUCUUAAGUGGUCCUCCAUCGUAUCAUAUGCUGCAGAUUGUAUUUUCCUUCAUGGUGGAGAAUAAUUUUUGUGUGUGUUGUUUUCUUUUUCUUUUUAAACAUGUAGCACAAAUAAGCAUUGCACUCGGGCGCCAUACUUUACCUCAUGUCAGAACGAGAAGAAAAAAAAAAAAAUACAAAACAUGUAUAUAUGAUGCCGUAACGUUUAAAGGAAUAACUUGUGGUUUUGGCCUUGCUGCUGUUUGCAUCGCUGGUAUUUUACCAAUGUAUUUAAAAGUGAUCAGAGAGAUACAAUGUGCCUGCAGGAUAUCAUCAGAGAAAAUACACUGUAGAAAAAAUAGUAGUUUCCAAUCUCUACAAUCUGGGGCUAAAUAUGUGUCCUACAUGUACAUUCAUGUCCUGCCUUAAUGUAAUACUUUGAAUAUGGAAUUGUAAUGUAACCCGUCAAGUCCUUCGACUGGCAUGAUUUUAAUGAUUUUCACUCAUCACCCCCUUCCCACCCAUAUUACUUCUAGCAUAUAUAAAUCCAGAUGUAUUAGUGCAUGUCGGUGAACACUCUCCUUUCUCACCCACCUGUAUUUCCUUUUUAGACUAAAUACAUUGUAUAGAUCUGCCCUACAAUUUAUUUAAAGGGCUUUAUUUCAUAGUCAUACUUUUUUUUUUUUUUUUUCCUAUGGACAGAAAUGCCUGAUUUAAAGUAAAAUGCACUCUGAGCAGCAGCAAGGUGUUCAAUGACAACAUAGCAGGACUGGAAUGAGUGGCCAGCUCCUAUUGAAGGGGUUUAUGGGAACGUUGAGCACCGUAGAGCACUAACAGUACGGGGGAAUCAUGGGCCACAAACUGCAGCGCCAUUUCUGUAUUUUUAAGGGACGUGUAUUUAAAAGACUAUUUCUCAUUCAUACUGUAUCAGUGCUGCAGUGGUUUGCAUUCUGCACCUUAUGGAUCACAAAAACCUUUAUGAAUUCUGUUUUCCCUCCCCCUCCCCCCUUUUUUUAAGUAAUUGUAGCUGAGUAUAUCUACAAUAAAGUUAUGGUAUGGUCGUUCA